AUGACGGUUCUGCGCGUUUUAUGUGUGUUUUCCAUACAUUUGCGUCUUGUAAACUCACGGGAAACACAAGUAAAACGCGCACUUUAUGUACGUUUACGUAUGUUUACGUGCAUCGAUUUCUUAUAG